AGCAGUUACAUUCCCAAUGUAGGCGUAACCCGACCCAUUAAAACGGAUAUGUCUGCUAUCUGAAGAUAUUUUUUUUUUGUUUAUGACACGUCGUCUCGUUUGCAUUGUUUUCUAGGAACAAUACGCGUCAAAAGUUUCUCACACAAUGGACAGAGACACUGUGCUGACUCACAUCCUGAAGCCAAAGGGCAUGUCGACAAUUCUUGGCGGAGAGGUGCCUGCCACUGUGAUAAGCAACAACAAGUAUAUAUCCCAGCCGACUUCUGACGCUCAGUUGACAGACAGAAAUGUAGGCGUCACCUCAGCCUCCCUUGAUCAUGCCAUCCAUACCGCUCUGUCUGGUGAAAUCAGAACUGUGAUACUGAGGGGUCCUGAGGGAUCAGGUAAAACAACUGCACUGGAGAAGCUAGUUGUGGACUGGGCAAAGGGAGAACACCUUCAGAACUUUUCUUAUGUUUUCUGUUUCCGGUUGAAGGAGAUAAAUUCUGAUGGUGGUGCGUUGUCAUUGGAGAAUUUAAUGCAACACCAUCACAGUCAUUUCUGUCCUGAGUCCAUGCCCCUAGUUCUGCAGAAGCCUGAGGAUGUGUUGUUUGUGUUUGAUGAUCUGGAUCAGUGCAAGCUUUGUCUGGACCCCUCCGUCCAUCACCCACUCUGCUCUGACCCCAGCCAGGCAGUGUCAAUGUCCUGUUUAAUAGCCAGUCUGCUUCAUGGAUCACUGCUGAAAGGAGCCGCCUUUGUGGUGGCAACCAGGCAGACGGGAUGUCUGGAGUUCCUAAGCGGCACCUGGGUGGAGCUGUUGGGGUUUCUGAAGCCCCAAAGAGAGGCUUACUUUAACGGGUUCUUUACUGACCCAGCUGCUGCCAGUAAAUACCUGAUGCACAUGGAAAAGACUCUAGGUUUUUAUGAUUUCUGCACCUCUCCUAGAUUUUGUUGGACAGUUUGUUCUAUUUACAAGACUCUCAUGGAUGCUGGAGCAAAACUUCCUGAAACAGUAUCUCAGCUGUACAUAGAUAUCCUGGCUCACCUGCUUCAGGCACUCUCACUGGACAAGGCCUGCAACAGAGAACUACUUCUGGCCCUCGGCAGGAUGGCUUCUCAUUGCUCUCUUCACCAGCAUUCAAGCUGUACCAAAGAGGAACUUGAUUCCUUUGGUUUUCGACGAUUUCUAAGCUCAGUUGGUGUUUUCUUGCAAAUAGAUGGUGACAAGGGCUCAGAUGCCUGUGUUUUCUCUUUCACCUCCCAGCUGAUGCUGGAGUUCAUCAUGGCCCUGUCCUUCCUUUUGGACAAGUCAACAUCUGAGGGAGUGGAGAAGAUGUUGGAAGAUCACAAAGGUCAUGCAAAGUUUCUAGAUCUCUUCUUGUCUGGGCUCUCAGAGCCAAUUCAGCGCAGGCCGCUGGAGACCCUGCUGGGGGAGUUAAACUCAGAUCAGAUCUUGGAUUUCAAAUGCUGGUUUAAAAGCAGCUCAGAGGAAACACUGAAGGGAUAUUACAAAGACAGGCACCACCGUUGCUUCCAUCUGCUUCAUCAAGCACAAAAUAAGAGUUUGGUGAAAGAGAUCAUCACCGCGUCAGCACGAACAGGCAUCAGCUAUGGCGACCUGAGCCUCCAGGACUGUGUAGCUCUGAACUAUGUCGCCUCUUGCCUCGGUGAGAUGAAGCUGUUGAAUCUGUACAGAACAAGUAAUUUUACAGAGGAGGAAGCAGAAGUUCUGGCUCCAGCUAUGAGCUUGUCACAUAAGAUACUCUUGUCAGACAGCUCCUUGAGUACUGGGGCUGUACAUCAUCUGGCUUCAGCUCUCAACAGAGGACUCACCAAAGAGCUGGAUCUCUCUUACACCCGCCUUGGAGAUGAGAAGUUAAAAAUUCUCUGUGCUGGACUCAGAGACUGCAAACUGCACAGUUUAAAACUUGUAACAUGCAAACUGACUGAGACAAGCUGUGAAGAUCUGGUGUCUGUGCUGACCUCAGGCACCUCUCAGCUGUGUGUCUUGGAAAUAAGGUUUAAUCAAAUCGGGGAUCAGGGCUUCAUGAAACUGUGCAAAGCGCUGCACAGUCCUCAGUGCAAAUUACAGGAGCUCCAGCUACAAAGCUGCAAGUUGACUGCAGUAUCCAUGGAGGCUUUCUCAGCAGCUUUGUGUUCUGGCAAAUCCGAGCUGAAAAAAGUGGACCUGACACAAAACAGGAUUGGUGACAGUGGAGUAGAAGCUUUGUGCAAGUCCCUGCAACACCCACUUUGUAAACUGCAGAGCCUCAAUCUGUUUGAUAAUGAGCUGACAGGUGCAUGCUGUCCUCAUUUGAUGGAGACCUUGAUGUCAGAGCACUGCUCUCUCUCAGAGCUGGAUCUGUCAGUGAAUGACUUGGGCCAGAAGGGGACGCUGCUGCUCUGCCAAGCUCUCAGACAACCCGGAUGUCCAGUGGAAAAACUCGGGCUGAAACGAUGUGAGCUAACUGAGCUGGUCUUCAAGGAACUGGGCUCACUGCUGAGAAGCGGGACUUCUCGACUUAAAUCCCUGAUUGUUGGUAUAAAUAAAGUCGGAGACCAAGGGGUUAAACAUCUUUGGGAUGCUGUUGCACAUCCAAGUUGUCUGUUGGAGGAACUGGAUAUUGAAAUGACCAAUUUGACGGAUGCCUGUGUAGAGGACUUGUGUGCUGCUGUAAGAGCCAGUAAGACUUUGAAGAACCUGGAACUGAGAAACAACUCUCUGACUAACGCUUCCGUCCCGGCCCUCAUCCAAGUCAUGGAGGACAGCCACAACAUGCAGGAGAUGAACCUGAAGUACAACAACAUUGGUGAGGAGGUUUUUAACAUGUUGUCUGAGUGUGAUAAAAUAAGGUACUGAAGAAGGCGGAUUAGUCCAUUCAUCUCAAACCCUGCUACAGAAUCACAUACUGUAUUCAAAUGCUGCAGUGUUAUUAUUAGCGCUUAUGAACUGAGGUUUUAGAAUUUGUUGCUUGUGUGUCUUAUGUGAAAGUAAAUUUAAAUAUCUUUAGGUUUUUGGACUGUUGGUUGGAUCAAACAAGCAAUUUAAUA